AUUGGCGCGAGAAGCGCGAACCUCGUGAGUGAAACUUUUUGUCGCGCCGAUAGCAUUAAAACAGUUGUAAUACAUUUUUUAUUGUUCGAGUUUUACUGACAUAAAUAAAACUAACCUUCAACUACGGUAUUACAGUGAAAAAUUUAAAAAGUUAGUGUCAUUAAUAAUUCGUUAUAAAUAGAAAUGAAACAGCUAGUUACUAAAUUAAGAAUAAUUGUGUAAGAAACUUAUUUAGUUUCUUCAUUUCCUGGUUGUUGUAUAUUAUCAACAGAAGAUAUUUAUUUUGUACUUAUAUUGUAAGUUUGUUUUGAGACCAGUAUACAUUAGAAAUUAAAUAGAAUUCAGUGUAAACAUGACUCUCACAGAAAUGGAACCACUUAAAAUACAUUUAGAUGCUCUGGAAAUGGCAGGAAAAGUUGUAGAUGCUCAUAUUACAGCAGAUAGCAAUUUUCCUUCUUUAAUUAAUCUCAUGAGAUAUAAUGUACAAGGUGGACCGACUGUUAGUGGACUUGAUGACAACGAUUAUCCCAACUUACAUGGAAUGUCAAUGUGUUUUUCUAACAUAAAUCAAAUGAAAUUGCACAGCAAAAUUUCAUUACCAUCUGAAGUAAUGGAACACUUCGAUCAUGUUCAAUGUCAUUGUAUGAUGGGCUUGUUUACAGAAAUUUCAAAAGCUUGGCUUACAAUUGAUAGCGACAUAUAUGUUUGGUCAUAUGAAAAUGAGACCGAUGUUGCAUAUUUUGAUGGGUUAAACGAGACUAUAGUAAGUGUGGGUUUGGUUAAACCUAAACCAGGCGUGUUUCGGCCUCAUGUAAAAUAUUUAUUGGUCCUUACAACUAUGGUGGAGAUAACUAUUCUGGGAGUAAUAUUAACAGAACAUUCUGAAGGAACAUCGCCUGAAAUGCAGUUGGUUCCUGAACCAAUCUUCACAGUGACAACAGAUGGUAUAGGAAUUACAGUAAUUGCAAACAGCAACAGUGGCAGAAUUUUCCUUGGUGGUAGAAAUGGUUCUUUGUAUGAAAUAUAUUAUCAGGCACAAAUAAGUUGGUUUGGAAAACGUUGUAAGAAAAUUAAUCAUUCAGAGGGUCCACUAUCAUUCUUAGUGCCAUCCUUUAUCACUAUAGCUUUAUCAGAAGAAGAAACAAUAAUACAAAUCUCUGUGGACGAUUCACGUAAUAUUUUAUACACUCUUGGUGACAAAGGAACAAUUACAGUUUGGGAUAUUGAUAACGAUGGCGCAUCCAAAGUUGCGUCUUUGUCACAGGCUUCUUUAGUACAAAAUGCCGUUCACGUUGUUAAAACUCUUGAUAGCAAUAACUUCCGACCAUUGGUGAGCAUAUCUGCUAUAACAGAAUCCGAAUCAGUGCACUUAAAUUUAGUUGUAGUUGCAGCUACGGGAACACGAUUUUACUUUAGUUGUACUUCCGUGACUAAUCCGACAAGUAGACCCCAAGGCCUGCAAUUAAUACACGUUAGAUUACCACCAGGAUAUGCUGCUAAUGCUACUGUAAUGAGACCCAGGAAAGUUCAAAUGGCACAUUACAGAAAAGGAACACUGAUUCUCGUAUGCGAUGGGGAUACAGAAACAGCUUUGUGCUUAAGUAAUGAUGCUUAUCCAUUUACAAAUUAUUUAGCCGAAACUCAAAGUCCUCUGUCUCUUGAUAGUCCAGUGUGGGCGAUGUCAGAAAUCCUUGUUGAACCAGCUAUUCGGAUCGAGAAGCAAAGUAGCUCCCAAGGGGAGCCGCCCCUUCUCGUGAGGCAGCACAUGGAAGCUCCGAGAAAGUUUAUCUUCUUAACAUCUCAGGGCGCAAUUAUUUUCGUGCAAGUUCGUCCUGUAGAUAUUUUGAAGCAACUUCUUUUGGAACAACGUGGACCGGAUACAGAAGCGGUUCGAGCAUACUUUCAAUCGCAAUCGUUGGAUCAGGCGUGCGCCACCUGCCUCAUUUUAGCCACGCUUGAAAGUUCUCAGAAUGCUGAGUUAGCGGAAUGGGCAACGAGAGCAUUCUUCUUGUAUGGUAGUCACAGGGUGGUAACCGGAGUUGGACCUGGAAUUGAUGUACAUGGCAGUUUCGCUAAUAUGAAUACAGUGGACAUACGCACAUCGACACCCAGAGUUCCUAAUUAUGAUAUGAGAUAUCAAGGUUUUCGGCCACAUGUGCCUGCAGGACUUAAUACAGACAUUCCAUUGCAACAUUUCUCCGCGAAGCACAAUGGCUUAUAUUUGUACGUGGGGAGAAUACUUCGCCCUGUGUGGAGCAUGCGUUGUAUUAAACAAGAAACUAUAAAUAACAAGAUUGAGAUCUCUAGUACUAUUCCAGCAAGACAAAUCAGUUGGAUUUUAGGACUUUUGCAAGCAUUAAGGUCAUUCCUCAACAAAAACACUCAUAUUACUAAACAACCUAAUACCAGCAGAAAUAUAACCGAUGGAUUUGAAGCGACUGUAUCUAGUCAUUUCCAAGAACCGAUAGUUGAGGAAAGAAAUUCUUUAGCAGCAUUAAAAAUUUUCAUUAUUCAUGCUUGCGAAGUCCUAGAACUUUGGAAGAUCUUAUGUGAAAACCAUUUAAAUAAUAUUGUCAAUUGUUUAUCAAAGGACCAAAUUAAUCAGUUUUCUACGGCCACCUUCAGAGAUCUGAUCCUUAUUGGACACGAAAUUUCUUCGUUAUUAAUUAUUCACCUUAUCGACAGUUAUCUCGGAGACAAUGCGUCCGUUGAUAUUGUUAGUCAAAGGUUGCGAGAAGUUUGUCCCAAUUUAUACCGAAGCGAAGAUGCAGUUUGUUCUAAGGCUAACGAAAUCAUUUUGAAAGCGAAAAGUUGUACAAACCCCGAAGAGAAAGAGUGUUAUUUGCAAUCUGCUUUGAAGCUGUGCAAGGAAGUGGCGCCUAGAUUAAAUUUAAGCGCCGUUUGCCAACAAUUCAUCGCGUGUCAAUUUUAUACGGGUGUGCUUGAGCUAUGUCUCUGCUGUGCAGACAGAGUGGACCCUAAUAACGCCGCGUUACACUAUUACAAAAACAACGAACCAAACGAAGACCAAGAAGGUCGAUUCGCUUACAUGAAGAGGAUGGAGAUUUAUAAAGAAUUUAUUACGUUAUUGGAUCAUCUCCAUAAUCAAAGUAUUUCAAAUCCAUUAACGCCCACCAUACCGAAGAAACCAGGACCUCUUUCUCCAAAUGCUUCAGCAGUGGCCGUUGCUCCAGCGAAAAAAAUAUUGCACGACAUCAUAAAUGACGCGUUGCAUUCUCCAUGCGAAACCCUCCACGUUUCAGUGUACGCUUGGAUGAUACAACAGAGGCUCCAUGGGGAAUUGGUGGCGCUUGCAGCUCCAUCGUUGGAAGCUUAUCUGACGCGUGUCAAUGCACCCGACUUGCUCUGGCAGUUUUACGAGAGAAAUAAAAAUCAUGCCGCCGCGGCCAAGAUCCUGGACUCUCUGGCAUCUAAAGAAUCUAAUAUACCAUUGGCACAAAGGGUCGAAUACUUAGCUCGUGCAGUUGUUUGCAUGAGAAGUGAUCAGGCUGGAUAUGCUCCAUAUCUUGGAGUUUUCUUGCGCGAAUUAGAAGACAAGGUGGAAGUGGCGCGAAUACAACAGCAGAUAUUAGAUACGGUUUAUAAUCAGCACUUGACGGAUCGACUGAACGAAGAGACAUUUAGAGCAUUAAAUUAUUCAUUACUCGAUAUCACGAAGCUGUAUGAAAAGUAUGCGGAUUCUCUACAAUUAUGGGAAUGCAAAUUGGCCAUAAUUAAUUGCUCCGGUCAUCAAGAUGCAAUGCUGAUUCAAGAAAUUUGGACCAAUAUCAUCAACAAUGAAUUAAAAGAUGCAUCUAAUGCAGAAGACAAAAUGGCAAUUUUAAUGAGCAAAAUUAUAUCUCUUGGAGAGGAGUAUUCCGGAUCUCCGCAUUGUUUCCCAGUUGAUUUCCUAAUAAAGCAGUUAGAAAUAAAAGCAUGUAAAUUGAACGUAUCAAAUGCCAGGAUCAUAUCUGGAUUCCUACAACUAGGAAUUUCAAUGGAAGAUCUUCUGGAUAUUUACAAAAUGAUUGGAAAGGACACUCGAACCUGGUUAAAUGAAGGAAACGAGUUCCAUCUAAUACAGUCAACUGCAAAUUUGGUUAACUAUUUCAUUCAACAUUCUAAUAUAACAAACAACUUGAUCAGGCGAAAAAUCAUCACAAAGUGUCAAGAUGUAAUCUCGAAAUGCUUGACCACCCUAUACAAUCAACCUCAUGGACAAAAAUUGAUAACGGAACUCAGAUCGAUUCAGAGCGUUUUAAAUCGUAUGUAAAAAUUAUCGGCAAUUCGUCGAGCAAACGAUGUUUUAUAAAAUUGUAUAAAUCGAUGAAACAGAACGGAUCAAGUUAUUCUAUGGAGAGAUCUUUGACAUUAAGUAAAGCAAAAUGUAAAUAAGCGAAAUUGCAUUUGUUCUAGUAUUUUUUACAUUGUACACAGGAGUUCGUUCGUUUCAUAAUAAAAUCGUCGUAUACGUGAA